AGCCGCCAGAGGGCUGGGGAUCCAUUUGACGGCAGGGACGUCCCCUUCCUCAUGGCGUCCGCGGCUCGCAGCCUCCUCAUCUUCGGCGGGUUCGUGGCUGUGGUGGGGGCGGCCUUCUACCCCAUCUACUUCCGCCCCUUGAUGCACGUUGAGGAGUACAAAAAAGAGCAAGCAAUAAAUCGAGCUGGUAUUAUCCAAGAAGAUGUUCAACCUCCAGGAUUAAAAGUAUGGUCUGAUCCAUUUAGAAGAAAGUAAAGACUUUUCUGGGUGUGAUCUUGAAGAUCCCUUAUUUCAUCAGUGACGCUCCAGGAUCUUUCAGACAACUAAGAAAGUCCUUUCAGCCAAAGGGCCUGGCAUGUUGGGUUGUUUGAUAGCAUCAGUUUAUAUUAGCAGUAGUUGCUGCUGCUUCAAGGGUUAAAGCCCACUUUUAUCCAAUAGUAGAACAAAACUGCACUAAAUACUUUCUGUUAAUUAAAUGGAAUAAUUGUCUCUCUCUUCUUUGGAGGAAUGGAAGAGAAUUACUUAGGUGAAUAAAGAUUUGACAUGACCAGAAUACACCAUGCAACUGAUGCUUUUAUAAACAUGCAUUGAAUAAUUAAAUAUCUGUAAAACAAAAUCACUACUAAGAAUUUGGAAAGUGGUGCCUUUGUAUAUCUGUAAAUCAUGUCUUAAUUCAAACAGGAUGUAGAAGUUCUGUAAUUUAUCCAUUUUGUAAAUAAUAGCAGAACGUAUCAUACUAAUAUAAAUCUGAUUCUGAUGCAAAUAUGGCUUACUUGUAAGUAACUUCUGUCAAAAUGAUUGGGAGUUUACUUUCAACAAUAACUUUCAAGUAAACACUGACGUAGCUCAAGGCUUCAAGAAAGAAGGUUUUUCUACAGUAAAAAGGUGCAUUUUUAUUCAAUUGCUCUUUCUAGGUGGAAAACUGACUUACAUUUCCCAUAGUAGAUGCCAUGUUUUGUUUUAUUGGAGUGAAUUUUUGUUAGUAGAGAAACUGUGUUUGAAAGAAGUUAUUUUUAUGUACAAAUUCAGUGUCCAAAAAUAAAGAUUUGAAUGCAUUAUA